AUGUUGUCAAAUUUUGGUUUUGGUGAUAAGUGGGUUGAAUGGAUCAAGGAAUGUAUUACUUCAGCUAGAAUUUCGGUGCUUAUCAAUGGUUCUCCAAUUGGAGAAUUUAGUCCACAAAGAGGUCUUAGACAAGGGGACCCGUUUUCUCCUUUUCUGUUCAAUAUAGCAACAAAGGGGCUAAGUUUAUUGUUGUCUAGAGCUCUUGAAUUGGAAAUAAUAAAAGGGGUGAAGAUUGGUUCAGGUAGUGUGGGUCUAACUCACUUACAAUUUGCAGAUGACUCAAUAUUAUUUUGUGAAGCUGAUUUAGUUGAAGUAAGAAACUUGAAAAGGAUAUUGAGGUGGUUUGAAGUUCUUUCAGGAUUGAAGAUCAAUUAUCAUAAAAGUGUAGUAUGUGGAGUGGGUGUGCAAGAUGAAUUAAUGAAUGAAUAUGCCUCAGUGCUUAAUUGCAAGGUGUUCCAGUUCAGAAGGGAGCUUUAUGAUUGGGAAAGGGUGGAGGUUUCUAGAUUGAUAACUGUGUUAGAGACAGCCCCUUCAACAAAGUCAGAUGCAGAGGAUGCACUAGUAUGGGUUGCCUCAAAAUCUGGUAGUUUUUCAGGCUCCUCUCUAUACAAAAAUCUGGCAGCUGGUUAUGGUAAUAAAUGUCCAACAAGUAAGUCGGUGUGGGUGAAGUAUAUUCUCCCUAGAGUUCAAUUCUUUGGUUGGCUUGCUUGGAAGGGUAGAUUGAAGACUACAGAUUUCCUUCUACGUAUUGAUGUUCUUACUGAUAACACUUCGGCCGUAUGA